AUGGCCGCCUUUCAGCUGAUAUUCCGUUCGCGCUUAUGUCCUUGGUUUCCUGAGGGCUCAUCAGUCGCUUCACCAUCGAUCGCACUCUGGACCACUAAGGGGAGGGGGGCCUCCUUCAGUAUCCCGCUUCCUGCACUCUGGUCAGCACCCAGCCGCCAUGGCUACAAACAUCUUCUUCUCAACCAUCCUCCGUCGAACCCUACUGUCCUCAUUUCGACUCAACCACGACUCCAGAGCACCCCCUCCGAUCUUCCCUUGUGCUACCUUCUAUUCAGUCGCGCUUUAGAGCGUCUCGAGCUCCGUGGCAGUUCCUUCGCACGGUCGGCGAAAUCUUCGGGCCAUGCAUCGUCGGAGGAGGCUCAAUGUCGGCAAUUACGGAAUCACACAGACGAUGACACGGAUGAGGACCUGGCCCAGUGGAGAGUCCCAGAACUGCAAUCGGCUAUGCGUUGGCAAUUCGAGUUAGAGACCCAGUGCGGUGACCGGCCUCAUGGCCCAGCAUUGCGGGCGAUGCUCGAGGACCAGAAGCGUCAAGUGCACAAUCUGCGCCGACGUCUGCAGGACAAACGGCGGAAGGAGAUGCGCCGUGAUUUUAGUCGGAAACAGGCGGUAAUUGACAUAGAAAGACAAAUGACCGGUGGAGCUGCCAAUGACGAUCCCGCGCGCAAGGCAUUACAGAAGGAAUUUGCAACGCCAUCGGAACAGAUUCUUCUCGUGGAGACGUUCUUUACUUGA